AUUUGGCGUCCUACAGUCACAAAUACCCAUGGAGAGUCUUGGUUUCCGGACUCAAAGGAGUCAUAUUAACAUUCUAAGCAUGGAAUCAACGAGUCCUGCGAGCACCAAGAUAAUCCCAAUUCCUGUGCAAGCUAUUCACCAUGAGGGCACUUACAUGUAUAUCGCUGUGAAGGGAUCUCUUCAUGCCUUCGACAGUUGCGUCUUUGGGCUCAGUAAGGAGGAAGAAACUGCAGUUACGCAGAAAUUCUCCACUGACUCCAACAAAGUCGUUGGUGGAGUGAUGAUAAAAAAUCAUCCUAUUCAAGUGAUUAAUGCCCUGAGCCAGUUGGGAUACAAAGUUGUGUGUAGCACUGGUGAAACUGAAAUUGUGUGGACAAUGCAGAGGGAAGUCUAA